ACAAUUCCUAUCAUUAAUAUAUGUAAUUAUAUAUGUUUAAAAAUUAUAAAUUUUAGCAUAUAAUUUUUGUAUAGAGACUAAAAUUAAAAUACAACUUAAGACUUAUUGAUGAAUAGUAUCAAAAGUCAGAUGGGACACUUAGGUUAAAUAUGAGGUAGUAUAUUUUUGGAAGAAAAAGAUAAGACUAGCUAAUGUUUGAAGGCUCUAAUGCCAACUAUAUAUAAUGGAGAACUAAAGCUUUCUAAUGCACCAACGUUAGAAAGAGCUAAAAGGAGAAGAAGCUAAUUAAAUUUUAGUGUUAAUUCGCAUUGCAAGAAUGCCGAUCCCAAGAAUUGAUAUCGGUUCAGCAGCAGAGGCCAGCCAACCCGCAGCCCUGAAGGCUGCAUUGUCUGAGUUCAUAUGCAUGCUUCUCUUUGUUUUCGCUGGAAAAGGUUCCGGCAUGGCUUACAGCAAGCUUACAAAUGAUGGAGCUGCAAGCCCGACAGGGCUAAUAUCUGCUGCAUUGUGUUAUAGUUUCGCACUGUUUGCGGCCGUUUCAGUGGGUGCUAACAUCUCCGGUGGACACGUUAACCCAGCUGUGACCCUUGGUAUUUUCCUUGGUGGUAAAAUCUCGUUCUUCAGAACUAUUCUCUACUGGAUUGCUCAGUGCCUUGGUGCUGUUGUUGCUUGCCUCCUCCUCAAUUUCUCCACUGGUGGACUGCCAACUUCUGCAUUUGCUAUUUCAUCCGGAGUGAGUGUUUGGAACGCUGUUGUGUUCGAGAUCGUGAUGACCUUCGGACUUGUUUACACUGUCUAUGCCACAGCUGUUGAUCCAAAGAAGGGCGACAUCGGCAUCAUUGCUCCCUUGGCUAUCGCUCUCAUUGUUGGAGCCAACAUCUUGGCUGGUGGUGCCUUUGACGGUGCCUCCAUGAACCCUGCAGUCUCUUUCGGCCCUGCUGUUGUCAGCUGGACAUGGGACAACCACUGGGUCUACUGGCUUGGCCCAUUCAUUGGUGCUGCAAUCGCUGCUCUCCUCUACCACAUUGUCUUCAUUCAGCCUGACAACUACGAGGAGCUUCCUAACUAAGUCUCCUUAUAUCAGCCUAUAGUUUAUGCGGCAGCUAAUGGGUUGUACAUGUUUGUUUUUCAGAAGAUUUGAGUAAUUUUUCCAUGUUUUACUUUUUUUGUCAGCAAAAUUAUGAUAGUGUACAACUGUGAAUUCUGGUUAAAAGUCCUUCUUUUGCUUCAAUGAAUCAUUUAUUCGUUGUAGUUA